AUGAGCCAACCUUCAAAUUAUUCUUCUUUAAAUCAACCCAAUGCAAGCACUAUCCCAACUAUAAGUCUAAAAUAUCAUGGUUCCAACAUUGAUAACAAAAAUUUAAAUUUUCACGUGGUUCAUAAUUAUCAACAUGAUAGGAACAAUGAUUAUGAAAGGCAUAAUCCUCGCCGUUCUUCAUUGUUAACCGAUCAAUCUGAAGUUGUGAAUAAUAAUAAUCAAGAUGUAGAUAUUGAAAGCGAAAGAACUCGAUUGAUAAGUCAACAUCAUACUAACUUCGGCACUUUAGAAGAUGCAAAUGAUUAUCGUAGUUUGAUGAAUCUUGGAAAGUCGACUGUUAGGCAAACAAUUUUUAACGCGGUGAUACUUUUCCCUCAAGUAGAUCUAACACAUCUGAAACUCAUAGUAUUUCUUGUGAUUACUCCGGUAACAUGGUUACCAAUACAUUAUCUUUCAUACACUUCGAUCCUUGGAAUUUUUACUGCGUCUUCGUUGGCCUUGGUGUUAUUAUUCGAUGGUCUGACUAAAUUUGAAGCCCCUGGGAGUCUUUGGAAGCCUACGGAUACAUGUCUUUUACCACCUAAUUGGAUGGUUGUACCUUUGGCGUUUGGUCUUAUCAAUUCUGCUUUCUCUGGUCACGCUGUUUUCCCAUCGUUAUAUCGUGAUAUGGCAAAACCUUCUCAUUAUAAAAAAAUGGUGAAUUCUAGUUAUUUGAUUUCCGGUGUUAUUUAUAUUACCGUCUCAAUUUUAUGGUUAAUUGUAAUUAACCCGCUUUCUAAGUAUCCACUCACAUUAACACCAAUUAACCUAAGUAUCGAAGUAACAGCCUUUCGGAUAAAUAUGAUUGGCUUAUUUAGAUCAAAAAUCAUAAGGUUUCUAUUCAUUAUUCUUUCAAGAUCUUUGGUUAGUUUCGUUAUUAUCGGAACAUCGAUUAUUUUUCCUGGGUUUGAUCGUGCGAUGUCACUUCUCGGUUCAUGUUUUUCAUUUCUAAUAUCUUCAAUAUUUCCACUUUUAUGUCAUUUAAAAAUGUUUGGUAGAAAUCUUUCAAAGAAAGAAAUAAUUUGGAAUAUAUUAUUAUUAGCUAUUUGUUCUGUCAUGGCUUCCUUAGGAACUGUUUGGACAUUUUUACCAAGAGAAUUAUUGGAAGAUGACAGAUAA